GCGGCGGGGGCGGCGCUCCCGGGGGCGCGGCGCACCUUACUCCGGGCGCCCCCGCCCCGCGCCGGCCCCUCCCCGCGCGGCCCGCGCUCCCGCCCGCGCGGGUCGGUUCCAGCCCCUUCCGUCGUCCCGGCCUCGCCGCUGUCCUCCGCCGGCCCGCGAGGGAGGACGAUGGGUCGGCGCGGAAAAAGUGAAUGAGGGCGGCGGCGGCGUCUGCGAGCGCCUGACUCGCGGGGCCAGAGCGCCGCCCGCGCCCCCCGCCCGCCGGCUUCAUGGACGCGCCGCACGCCUCGGCGGCCAAGCCCCCGACCGGGAGGAAGAUGAAGGCUCGUGCUCCGCCCCCUCCCGGGGGGCCCACCACCCCCAACGUGCACAGAGGACAGAGACCUUCCCGCGAUGCGUCCCCCAGCCCCCCGCAGAACCUGCUCAGCCAGAAGGAGACGCUGGACGGCAGGGUGGUGGCCAUGACUGUGGUGCUGCCUAGCGGGCUGGAGAAGAAGAGUGUGGUCAACGGGAGCCACGCGAUGAUGGACCUACUGGUUGAACUUUGCCUUCAGAACCACCUGAACCCGUCCAACCAUGCCUUGGAGAUCCGGUCUUCAGAAACUCAACAGCCUUUGAAUUUUAAGCCAAAUACUUUGGUUGGGACCCUGAAUGCGCAUACCGUAUUUCUGAAAGAAAAAGUUCCUGAAGCGAAGGUUAAGGCUGGCCCCGCUAAGGUGCCUGAGAAGACAGUGCGCCUGGUGGUGAACUACCUGCGCACACAGAAGGCGGUGGUGCGCGUGAGCCCCGAGGUUCCCCUGCAGAGCAUCCUCCCAGUCAUCUGCGCCAAGUGCGACGUCAGCCCGGAGCACGUGGUGCUCCUCAGGGACAAUGUGGCCGGUGAGGAGCUGGAGCUCUCCAAGUCCCUGAACGAGCUGGGCAUAAAGGAGCUCUACGCCUGGGACAACAAGAGAGAAACCUUUAGAAAAUCAUCACUUGGCAACGGUGAGACAGAUAAAGAGAAGAAAAAAAUUCUGGGAUUUUUCAAAGUUAAUAAAAGAAGCGAUAGUAAGGCAGAGCAGCUCAGGCAGCCGGGGGCAGACAGCGAUGAGGAUGCCUCCAAGUCCGCACUGGGAAGGGGCUCGAACGGCUGCUUGACGACCCCAAACUCCCCGUCCGUGAAUCCCCGUUCCACUACACUGGGUCCAUCGCUCUCCCUUGGCAGCAUCUCAGGGGUGUCGGUCAAGUCAGACCUGAAGAAGCGCCGAGCGCCUCCCCCUCCGUCCCUGCCCCGCGCGGAACCACCCGUGCAAGACAAGACGUCGGAAAAGGUGUCUCUGGGGUCACAGAUGGACUUACAGAAGAAGAAGAGGCGUGCACCAGCUCCCCCUGCACCCCAGCCCCCGCCGUCCAGCCCGCUGGUGCCCCCCCGCACGGAGGGCAGGGAGGAGGACAGGAAGGGCAGGACGGGUGUCGGACGGCAGGUGCCACAGAAGCCUCCCAGAGGCACUGCUCGGGGGCCCCCCCAGUUAGUGCUUCCCCCACCCCCACCCUACCCUCCUCCAGACGUGGCAGAGCCUCUCGGCUUUCCUGGGGAAGGCGCUGUUUCCGAGGCCUCGGACCUGAGACCCACACUGAGCCUGCCCCUGGGGCCUGGCGGUCCCUGCGCUGUGGACGGGGUCCCAGCACUGCCGUCGGAGGCCGAGGAGACUGUGUCUGUUGGUAGCUGCUUUGCCUCAGAGGACACAACAGAGGACUCGGGAGUGAUGAGUUCCCCCUCGGACAUCGUGUCCCUGGAUUCCCAACACGACAGCACGAAAUCCAAAGACAAAUGGGCCACAGACCAGGAAGACUGCAGUGACCAGGACCUGGCUGGGACCCCAGAACUGGGCCCCCAGAAAAGCCCCUCGUGGGAGAGGAGUAGCCCUGGGAACUGGCAUCUGAGAAGUGGAAGAGUUGCUCCAGCCUCACAUGAGGAUGAAGACCUCUUCAUGACCGGCCAGUUCCAGAAAACCCUUGCAGAACUGGACGAAGACCUGGAAGAGAUCGAAGAAAGCUAUGAAACCGACUCGAGCUUCCUCACCAACUGCAUACACAGCAUGUCCGGUCGCUGCCCGCAAGGCACCAUCAUCCCCGACGGCGAUACCGAGGCAAUCCCGGUGACAUUCAUAGGGGAGGUUCUCGAUGAUCCCGUGGACUCGGUGGCAUUUACCAACAGAAACAACAACGCUGGCUCUUUCGAUGCUGGGAGCACAGCCAGCAAGAAGGCCCAGCUGCCACCGUGCCAGGCCGAGCACAUCCAGCAGCACGGGCAGAGGCGGGCGGCAGGGCCUGGCUCACCGGCUCCUUCCCAGGACCCUGGGAGAGAAGUCAUAGUGGCCUCGACCAGCACCUGGAAGGAUGUGACUCCCAGUAAAAUGGCGCCCAAGGCAACUUCUGCUUCAGCGCUUCACACGCACGACCUGAAUGCGAAGGAGGAACGCAAGGUGGCCAGCUCUGCUCAUGGCGGGAGGACCCUGGCCACCAGGAGGGUGAGCGCGCAGCCAGGGAAGGAAAAGGAAGGAGAUGAUAAAAGUGACGUCUGGACACUACCGCCGUGGUUUCGAGACCAACACCCAGGGGGGAGUUACGGGCUUAAAUAUGGCCUCACAACGUAUAAAAUCGUCCCUCCAAAGUCAGAGAUGAAAUGUUAUGACCGGGGGGCAUCCCUCUCCACGGGUGCCAUCGAGAUCGACGAGCUGGGGAACCUGGUGAGUCCCCACACGAACGCCGGCAGGACCAUAGUCCCGACGCCGCCCGCUCUGGAAGCAGAAGCCCCGCCCAUCGGAAAAGUCAAAGAGUUCUGGAGGUCCGACUCUAUAGAAAAACACUCUGGCCGGCCCGCAGAGGGGGCCAAGAGGACCUCUACCCCCACCACGCCCACGAAUCCGCAACCUCAAGAAAGCAGACUCAGAGCGGAGCCCACUUCCCCAGACCCCAAAGCGACAUUGCCCCGGCCCCGGUCCCCCAACCCAGAAGAUGGGAGACCUCUGGAGGAGGGCAGAAGCUGGCCACUCCCAGCAGCUGCUUGUCCCCUGAAAGUUCCAGCAGCUAACACCGCAGAAGUCCCGUUUCUCAAGCCUCAGAGAAGAACAUCCAGCCAGUACGUGGCCUCUGCCAUUGCCAAGCGGAUAGGGACCCCGAAAGCCCACACUGACGUGGGGAGGAAGCCUGGGAAUGCCCAGAAGACAUGUGAAGAGCCAGACCCACCUGGACGACCUCCCAUGGUGAAGGAUGGUACCACCCCCAGCCUGUACCCAGAGACAGGCGUGCGUCACAGUGGGGACGGAUCGGCAGCAGGAGCGCAUCCCGGGGGGCAAAUCAGCAGCCCUUAUGGGAAGCUGUCUACUCAAGACGGUCCCACUGGCAUCCACAGAACUUCCCAUGGACCACUCAUCACAGCUGCCCAGAGGGGUCAGGCUUCCGUGGGACAGAGCUGUGGUCUCAGUGGAAAGCAAAGCCCAAGGAAACACAGGACCAGCUCGUCAUCUGAUCCCAAGUGCCAGCCGGCCGGCACGAGCCCCCCUCCCGCUCGCUCGGGAGGUGAUCCGACUCCAGGCAGUGCCCUGGUGAAUGGCUCCAGGUGGGUCUCCGUCCACAAAGAGCCUCUCCACUCUCCGAGAGUGUCUGAUAAAAGUAGCCACGCUGGACAGGAGCCCCCUGAAUGGGAGGAAAAGCCGGGUUUGUCAAGCACAGAUGUACCUGAAGCCGAUGGUACCCUGCCAGCCAGUAUCUUUGGGCCAAAGAAGAAAUUCAGACCCGUGGUCCAGAGGCCAGCCCCGAAAGACACAUCCCUGCACAGCGCCCUGAUGGAGGCCAUCCACUCGGCGGGAGGAAAGGACAGGCUUCGCAAGACUCCAGAACCCGGCUCAGAGGGAGGUCUGAAGAAACCGUCCUACACAGAGACAGACAGCGAGCGCUCAGCCCUGCUGGCAGCCAUCCGUGGGCACAGCGGCACCUGCAGCCUGAGGAAGGUGACGUCCUCCGCCUCUGAGGAGCUCCAGAGCCUCCGCGAUGCCAUGCUGUCUGCACAUGGGGCAGAACCCCCAGGGCUAGAAGACCUUGGGAUCCAGUCCCCACCCGCCCUGCCGCCGCCAUCGCCCCCAUCCCCUCCAGUCACCCAGGCUCCCACCGCAUCCCGGACGGCGUCCAGGUCCAGCUCGGGCCCCCUCAGCAACCCGGUGGACGCCAGGCAGGCCUUGAUGGACGCCAUCCGCUCAGGCACAGGGGCCGCGCGGUUGAGAAAGGUGCCCUUGCUCGUGUGAAUCAGCAACAAGAUGCGAUCGUGGCAGAAACCCCCCUGCAGGAUGCUCUCCACUCACGAGCGCCACCCGGCAAGGGAUAUAGGGGUCUGGUGGCUUCCUGGUCUCCAGGCCAAAACUCGCCCCGUUGACUUUCAGUCUAUAUCACGGUUCAAAGGGACGGGGAUGCCACUCUGCCACGCGGCUUGUGCCAAGGAAAUGUAUUUGCCUCUGAAUAUUUAAAGUUGCCAAUAAACUGUUCUUGUUGGCAGGUUAAUGGGACUAUAAACGCUGGAGCCCAACACACUUAAUUACAUCGAUAGACAAAGUGGAAAGAAUCAUGCCUUAGACCGAUUUUGGACCUUGGAGACUUACCACAUGUAGAUGGUUAAAACCAUUUAGUUGUUGAAAAUCUUUCUGAAUUCUAGGGAAAAUAUAUAAAUCAGUUGAAACAAUCUGAAUGUCAUAUGCUACUUGAUGUGAGAAAAAAGAGUUGGGAGGCUUUUUCAAAGGUGACUUCACUGAGUAAUGAAAGUAUUGGAUCCUUAUUCCUCAAACAUUUGGGGUGAAAACCUCAUGGAGGGUGGCAGACCACGGUCUGUCCAGCUAAAGCUAUUAAAAAUCAACCAUGAUCGCCCAGAAUAACAAUCAAACGUGACGUAUGAACAUGGCAGGUCUGAGUUCUCCUGGGGUGUUGGCUGAGAUCAGAAGGACGUUGGAGGGGACGUUGGAGGGAUGGCAGUGCCCACUUGGGAUGCUGUCCCCCGGCGGGCUGUGAUGUAGCGCAGCCCUCCCCGACCGAGGGCUGAGCACGGAGCCCGGAGGCUGCCCUAGGAGCCUUAGAAAUCCUCCGCGGGGCAGAAGCGUGGAUGCCGGGUCCGGAUCAGAUCAAAAUCGUGCUGGUGCUUCACAGUGCGGGUUUGGUCUCCAUGCUUGUGUCCGGCAAGUGAAUGGCCGCUGUGGGUCACGUGGCAGCCUUCUCAUAGCACACAGCACCCGGUCUCUGGUAUUUAUCUCAGAGGCCAACUACGGCUGUAGGAAAAGCUCUUUAAGAGAUGACUAGAAAUCAAGAGGAAUUCCUGAAAUAAAAUUUCUGUCUUAAUGAAGCAACAGAUAUGGCGGGAUCCUUCGAACGUUUCACGAUUUCAGAGCCGGGCGUCACGUAGGACGGAAACUGCUCUGCGUUGUCUGAUGAAUGCCACUCACCUUCCCCAGGGCGGCCAGGGCAUCCAGCCAAUCGCUCUCACACCACGCUGUCUCUACUGUUGGUCUUUUAGUGCCACAAAUAAAAGAAAAUGAAAGUGUA